GGUGGUUGCAGAAGAAAUCAGCCAACACGUUAUGAGUGGGACAGACCCAAAGGGCCACACAGCCUCCCCGACCCCUGGGACCAGCCGGGAGCCCUGCUCAGGAACCAAGCCGCAGGAAAACUUUACCAGGCUUUGACUGAGCCGGCAACAGAAAUUCGAGCUGUCUAAACAGCCCGCUCCUGUGACUGAUACCUCAGCCCUGCUGACUACAUUGUUCUUGCCCCUCCCUCAUUCCUCCCAGAGGCGGAGGUGGGGAAACCUCUUACAGCGAAACCAACACCUGGAGAACACUAAAUCCGUAUCCAGCCAUGAACACCUUCCUCCUCCUGCUGUCUGCUGCGGCUUGUUGAAUCGGAUGGCAGAGGGGAAGAGGCUGUUCUAGAACGGAGUGUGUGUCUUCGGGCUUCCGUACCUCCUUCCUGAUGGUCGCAAUGGGAGUAAGGCCUAACCUGGGUGGUGGUGGUCCUUAAUGAUGGAUGUCGCCCCUUUGAGGCAUCGCUCCUUGAAGCAAUCCUAUAUACUGCGGAGAUUACCAUCAGCCUCAAGGACAGCUUCCACCCUCCUGCUAAACUUCUAACCUGGGCCCUCUGCUCCCAGUGGAUCAUCGGCCAUCAAUUACCUCCUGUCUCCGUCGUCCUCUGAAGCUGAUGGUUUACCGACGGGGGAAGCACAAUUCCCCUGUGGGCGUCGUGUGAUCAGAAAUCGGAUCGUGGGGGGGACGGACGCGAUGGAGGGAGAUUGGCCUUGGCAAGUCAGCAUUCAUCUCAACAACAAACACAUUUGCGGAGGCACACUCAUUUCCCCAGAAUGGGUCUUAACGGCAGCACAUUGUAUGGAAAGUACUGGGCCGCACAGUUAUCUGCUGUACUUCGGGAGAUAUCAGCAGAAUGGAAUCAACAGACACGAAACUUCCUCGGGAAUAAUCAGCAUUCAGAAACACAGAAGAUACACGACAACUGAAGAGGGUUAUGACAUUGCUUUAUUGAGACUUACCCGUUCAAUACCCCUCUCCGAGUACAUUAUCCCCAUCUGCCUCCCCUCCAGCACCUACCAGUUCACCUGUGGUCCUGGCUAUUACGUCACCGGCUGGGGACACGUCAGGGAAAGUGUGAGUCUUAGCAAUCCCGGGAUCCUGCAGGAAGUCUCAGUGAAUCUGAUUGGGCACCGGACCUGUGAUGCCAUGUACAACGAUGGGAAAUCUACCCUCUGGCAGCCCAACAGAAUCACCGACCAAAUGCUGUGUGCUGGCGUGCCCCAGGGAAACAAGGACGCCUGUCAGGGGGACUCCGGCGGACCCCUGGUGUUUCCUGUCAACGGGACCUGGAUUCAGGUGGGCAUUGUGAGCUUUGGAGAAGGUUGCGGAAGACCUAAUCGCCCCGGGGUCUACACCGAAGUGGCCGCCUUCACCCAGUGGAUCCAGGAGCGCGUGAUGAACCUCACGUUCAUGUCCCCAGAAACUACAUCCAGCGUGGAUCCCCAUGGGUGCCUCAGUGGGGCAGAGCAAGUCAGGGGCAUCCUCCUCCUCCAGGCUGCCAGCCUCCUUGCCCUUCUGCUCUCCUGAGCGAGUGAUGGACCCUAGGGAGACUCAGGGGCCGGCGGGGGGGGGCAGGGGAGGGCGGGAAGGGUCUAUCUUUGAUAUCUCUUGAGCACAAAAUGAAGGAAUCCUUGGACUAACACUGGCCAGUUUCCCCUCUCCACCCACAUCUCAUGGGAUUCCAAACCUGGGGACCGACCAGUAUGUUUCCGCGAUCUUACUCUGUUCUGCUGCCAAAGGGCUUCCAAUCUCUCCCGACUUGGCUGAGGUUGGACCGGGAGCUUUCCACAGCAGGGAUAACAUGGGUUGUGAUAUUUUCCGAGUUUCCCCUCUCUUUCUGUUUCUCAAUACAGUAGAUGGUGUCAGGGAGUCUCACCCGCAACAAGCCUCCCCACUUUGAGUGGCCAUGCGGGUGGAGAUUCCCAGGAAUCCCGCGGAAUAUUGCAUUACUUUCCUCCUGGUUUUUGUCUCCGCCAGCACGAAUUCAUCUGCAUAGUCUUCAACAGGAGCAGACGAACCCACAGAAUAAUCACAGUGAGAAAUUCCUCCUCCUCAUUGCCUCGCCGGAGAUACUCUCAGCAUCUCUCCCUGCAUGGCCCCUCUCGCUAUCUGAAGUCCCCUCUCAGAGUCGGAAACCCCAAUUUGUGCAAAGCAGGAUCCCACAGCCAGAGAGAGGGAGGGACGGGAGGAAUGGAGGGAGAUAGGAAAGGGAAGUGGAGCAGGAAGAGGAUGGGGGGGGAAGAUGGCGAGGGAGGUGGUGAGAUGGAAGUUGAGGAGGGAGAGAGGGGGAGAUGUAGUGAGGGAGAAGGUGAGGAGUGAGUGAGAGAUGGGAGCGAGAUGAGGAGAGAAGGAGGGAGGGAGAUGGUGAGAUAGUUGAGGGACAGAUGAAGGAGCGGGGAGAGGUACUGAGGGAGAUUCUGCAGCAGAAAGUGAGGAGGAGGGAGAGAAAGGUGGGAGGUUAGUAUGGAGGACUGGAGCAGUGAGGGAGGGAUGAAGGAGGUGGGGUGGGGAGAGAGACAAGAAUGGAAUUAGCGAUGACGGGUGAGGAGCAGGAGAGGGUGGGGAAGAUUAGAGGGAUGGAAGAAGAGGGGGUAAAGGAAGGGAUGUAGAGCGGAAUGGGGAGAAAGUGAUGAAGAGGGAUGUGAGUGGAAGGGAAGGGAGGACAGGGGGGGUGGGACGGAGGGAGGGAGGGACGGACGGAGAGGGGGGAGGGAGGGAGGGACGGGGGGUUGGGAGGGAGGGAGGGAGGAAGUGUUGUGACUUUGAACCGGGUCACCGGAGAGAGACUAAAGCCUGUGAUAUCACAACAAACAGACUCUCCUGGAGACCCUCUCGGUUUGGGGUCCCCGAAAAUCAUGUGUAUGUCAUCUUUUUAAUAUACCUGUGAGAUCAGAGGUGAUGCAAUACAAUUUCAAAAGUCA